CUUGCUUAUUUCAACAAUGGGAAGAUCAACAAGAUCCACAGCAGAGAAAGGAAAAACCAAAGAAACCGAUGCAGUCUCAAAAACAGAGGCAUUUUCACAACUUCUGAUGGGAGGAGAGGAAGAAUUUGACGAGUACCUGGGUAAAAACGAAACUUUAGACGACGACGAAGACGAAGACGAGGAACCUAUGAGUACUAUGGUCCCUCUUCCAGGAUAUGAAAACGACGGAUUCGACGACGACGACGACGACGACGAUAAUGAUUCGCUUGACGCUUGGUUACAGGACGAUGAUCAAUAUAUUGACGAUAACGAAAUCACCGAGCAAAUGAAAAAUUCGGCCGCAAAGCGUUCAAAACUUAAAACUGGUGGUCAGGAUGAGAUGGAAAAAGACAUGGAGGAUUUCGAAAACAAUUUGGCUUUAACCUCUGGAAUCGGCCUCAAAAACUUAGAUAAAGGAGCCAAGAAAAGAACAAUGACAGGUGAACUUCGUUUAACUGACGAUGUCAAACGAAAAUUGGGUGAAGCAAAUGGACUAUAUAUUGCACGAGAUUAUGGUGCUGCUAUUGAUAUUUUACAGGAAGUUAUCAAAGAUAAUCCAAACGCUCAUCCUGCUUGGAACACUCUCGGGCUUGUGCAUGAAGAAUUAGGAAAUAAAGCCAAAUCUCUACAGUUGCGUAUGGUGGCUGCACAUAUGUGUAAUGACACUUCUUUAUGGAAAGAAUUGGGUCAAAAGUCAAUCGAAAAUGAUGCGAUUAAGCAAGCUAUUUAUUGUUUUACAAAAGCAUUGAGAUUGGACCCUACAGAUGUAGAUGCAUUAUGGGAUAGAUCUUUUCUUCAUAAGCAACUUGGAAGAAGUGCUGAUGCACAGGCUGGUUUUACGAGCAUUUUGGAACUGAUGCCUCACCACUAUAAGGUUAUCAAUGAGUUGGCACAACUAUAUCGUGUACAAGGUAAAACUAAGGAAGCUAUUCAGAUGUACGAGGAUGCAUUUGUGUAUCAUGAUGAAAAUGCGGACGAGGAUAGUGACGAUGAGGAUUUGGAUGAGGAGAAUGAAUUUACCGACAAAUUGGGUUAUUCAGAAAUCAAUAUGUUGAGUGAGCUGUACCUCAUUUUAAAUGAUUACCGAAAGGCCUUAGAUACAAUUAAGAAUGGUGUAAGAAAAAUUCAACGCCGACAAGAGGAAACUUGGUGGUUAGAACAUUUGGAUGACGAUGAUGAAUAUUUGGAAAAGGAUGAUACCCGAUCUGAUUUUCCUAUCGAAUUACGUGUUAGAAUGGGUGUUUGCAGAGUAUACUUAAACCAAGUCCGAUUAGCAACACAACAUUUUCAAUUUUUGUUACAAUAUCCUGCUACAACAUAUCCCGAUUUACAUCAAGAUAUUGCUUAUGCUUACUACGAUAAGCGCCACUACGAUCUUGCAAUUAAAGUAUUCCAAAGAAUCAUCGAUGCUUCUGCUGAAGUUGAGGUAGAUUUAUUGAUUCGUACAGCGGAUUGUUAUCGUGAAACAGGCGACCUAGAAACAGCUGUUAUUUUUUAUGUCAAUGUAUUGGAUGAACAACCUGAAAACUUGGAUGUUAUGAUGUCCCUCGCUACAGUUUACGAAGAACAAGGAAAGGAAGAAGAGGCUCUUCAAUUGGUAGACUUUGUAAUGGACAAACAUCGUCAAGUACGUAAAGCUAAAAAGGCCGAUUUAGAAAAGGAAAACGAAGUUGAUGUGGAUGUAGUUUUAAGUGCAGAAGAAAAAUUGAAACAAAUGCAAAUUGCCAGAAAAAGCAAAAACAAAAAAGCCUCCAUUUUCGAUGAAGAGAGGAACCAGACUAAAGCCGAUAAAACACGUCAGCGUCAAGACGAUAAAAAGAGACAAAACGAGGAGCAAAAUUACAUUAUCGCUGGAUUGUUUGAAAAAGUGGACGAGUUGGAUGAAAAGAUUGGUGGCGAUUUGGUGAACGCUGACAAAUCCUUAAUUCGUGAAUACCGCAAAUGCGGACAAGAACUUUGGGAGGAUUUCGGGUCCACUACUGCCUUCUUCCCUCAGUUAAGAUCCCAAAAAUUUCAAGGUUUUUAUGCUUUGCGUAAAGGAAAGAAAUCCAAGAAAGCUCAAGAUGCAAACAAUGAUAGUAUAAAUGUGGAAGCUCAUCAAAUGGCGAGUAGACUCCGUAAGCGAGUCAAAACGGAGAAUGAUAUGGAUAUAGAUACGGCUGAUUUAGAUGACGUCGAAUUGGGGAUUUUGGAAGAAGAAAGACGAAAUCAAAGAUUGCUUGAGGCUUCUCAUUUCCGUAAUAUCACAUUUGAUCGUUGGCAUAAAGUUUUCAUAAAGUAUGGUUAUGUUUUGGCAAUUACUAAACAUACAGAGGAUGCAUACGAAUUGCUGAAAAAGUUGCUUGUAGCUAAUAUCUUCUACCACGAUGUUGCAAAAAAAACAGCACUUCAUUUAGCAUUGAUCGGCUGUGGUUUGAUAUCCGACAACGAAUAUAUCACACAAGAAGGCAUGCGAUGGAUGUGCAAUUUCUACCAAUUUAAAAACGACCCAUUUAGGCUCUAUACGGCUGUCAUCAGUAGCGGAAAAGAAGCAACUGCCUAUGCUUCUGGUAAUCAAAUGAAAUAUGUUGCUCGUAUUAUUAGACUGAUGGAUGCUAUUGUGGCUCAUGGCAGAAAGAAAGAAUCUAAUGGGGAAGUCGAUCAAAUGGAGCAGGAUGAAAUCCGCGAAUUGGAUAAUGCUAUCAUAACAAUGAAUGUCGAUCCUUCGACAGCUCAAGAACAAAACAUCCGUAGAUUUUAUCAUGCGCCCACUGAGAUUAAGCGUGAGCUUAGUAACAGAGUUAAUGAUCAUACAAUCAAAGAAGCCAAUCCUAUCAUCUUGACAUUAUUGGGACAGAUUAUGAACCUUUCUAGAAACCAUGUUGCAUCUACUCUUUUCUAUAUGAGAGCUUAUGCGAUCGCCCCCAAGGAUCCUUUAAAUACCUUGUCGCUAGGCCUAGCUUUGCUCCACGCAUCAAUGCAACGUAAAACAGAUAACAGACAUUUGCAAGUGAUGCAGGGCUUUAUGUUUGUUAUGGAGUAUGUUAAGUUAGUAGGCUAUUGUCAAGCAUCAGAAUAUAAUUUAGCUCGAGCGUUCCAUAUGAUUGGUUUAACUCACUUAGCUGUCCCACACUAUGAAAACGUGUUAUGCUUACCAUCUGCAGCUAAGAUGGGUACGGGGAAGACAAAGCCGAUAGAAGAUGUAUAUACAUGGCCCACGGAGGAAGAAUUUGAUGAUGAGGACGACACAGAUCUUUCCCGCGAGGCUGCUUAUAAUCUUCAUUUGAUUUACAUCACAAGUGGCUCCAUGAAUUUAGCUCAAAUUAUCAUGAUGAAAUAUUGUUCUGUUUAAAUAUCCCCCAAUCCCUUACUUUUCUUUCCAUUUAAUAAAUUAUUCAUUGCAUAAC